AAUAAGUUGGGUUUAGAACAAUGUCUCUCAACAAAAUCGUCACAUGUCUCUGGUACGAUGGCCAAGCUGAAGAAGCGGCCAAUUACUACGUCUCCAUCUUCAAGAACUCGCAAAUCACCCACAUUCAGCGUUACACCGAAGCUGGACAAGAGACACACAAACAGAGACCCGGCUCUGUGCUCGUGGUCGAGUUUUCUCUCUACGGCCACCCGUUCAUCGGGCUCAACGGCGGCCCAGAGUUCAAAUUCAACGAGGCUGUCUCAUUCCAAGUCAUGUGCGCGAAUCAAGACGAAGUCGACUAUUACUGGGACAAACUCGGCGACGGCGGCGACAUGGCAAAGCAGCAAUGUGGUUGGCUGGCGGAUAAGUUUGGAGUCUCCUGGCAGGUGGUUCCGACUCGCAUGACGGAACUGCUAGGCCAAACAGACCGUGUGAAGUCGGACCGCGCCAUGGUGGCGAUGAUGGGGAUGAAGAAGCUUGACAUUGCGGCUCUGGAAAGGGCGUCAGAGGGCGAAGGGGAGGGAGAGGCUAAAGCAUCGUGAAGCAUAGUAGUGAGUUAUAUUAGCAUAUGUUGAGGAACUAUAAUGGAAGACUUGGAGUUCGA